CAACUGGAAUUCUUAUCAUUAGAGGUCGUUACCGCUCAAACAAGAUAUCGCACGCGACUUUUCUCCUCCUCUUUUCUUCACUUUCCUCUCUUCUUCUCUUUCUCUCCUCUCAUGCCCUAUUGAACUGAACAUACACCCACCAAAGAUCUCUGCGUAUUUCUCAGUUCUCAGUCGAAUGAACUUGUUUCAAAUAUCUGCUCUUCAUUCCACUAGACAUUGAAGAAGAGAGGAAAGUGAUUCAAGCCAUUCACAGUUCUUAGUUCCGCCAUUGAAGUAAUUUGCUAUUGAAGAAAGUUUGUCCUCUCAGCUUCAAUGCCAUUGUUUCUCAGAGUUCUCAAAUCUCAAGUCGCGUGUUCAUCAGGGUUUUGCUUGAAGAAUUAAUUAUUUCGAAUUUUUGAGAUUUUAAAUUCGUAAUUUCCAUUGUUGAGCUUCAUGGAUGAGAUCAUGGCGAGCUACAUGAUUAUAGCUCGUGGUAUAGUGUAGGUUUGUGCAACCUACUCUGCAAUUUCUUUUGUAGUUUGUCGCUUUCUCUCUCUAACUCUCUUUCUUGCUUGCUUUUACUUUUUUUCUCCUUUCUUUUCUUCUCUUUCUUCGGUCCUCUUGCUGGAAUGGGAUGUCGGAAAAUGAUAGUCGGGAAUUUGGAGCCGGCGAGGAAGAGGAAUGGUGGUGUGAGGACGAAACAGGCAGGAAGAGGGUCGUGUCGUGGGAGUUAGGCCAGAAUACAGCAGCCGGAUAAUGUACGAAGUUCGGCAGUGAGGUACUACUGUAGGUUGCUUUUCGUUGUUUGCGUGAGUUGGUUGUUUAUAUUAGAGGUUCCGAUUUCGUCUCCGGAGAGAUGGGGGAUAUGGUAGUUGGAAUGAUGGGCGAAAUUCAAAUAGACAGAGUUUCAAUACAGAUGCUUCUACAUGCACAACUCAGCUAGAUGCUAGGUCUAAUUUUUAUUCAAUGAAUGAUGAUAUCUCAGAGAGUGGAAUUUUCUCUGAAUCUGGAGCCGACCAUCUGUUGGAUGCUGUAGUAUCAAAAGUUCAUUCUUCUGCUAAGCAAAAUUCAGAUGAUAAUGCAUCAUGCAGGACAACAUUGACAAAGAUAAGUAGCUCUGCAGUUCCUACAGAAUCUUUUACAUACAGCUGGGUUGAUCAGUCUGAUCAGAGGAAAGUUGAGAUGUUUGGUGUUCCUCCACCUCCUUCAAAAUCAGAGUGUAGCAUUGAUGCUCUACUUGAACGCACGAUUAAGCACAUGCUUUUCUUGCAAAGUGUGACAAAGCAUGCAGACAAGCUAAAGCAAACUGGGAAGUCCAAGACACCAAAUUCACCCAUAGCAGCAGGGAGUUCUUGAGGUAGAAAAACCAGCAAACGGAUCAUACUAGUCUGUCAUGGUUCUACAUAGAGCAAUGUGGAGCUAAACCCAGAAAAGUUGUGGAACCAGUUAUGACAUACGAAGGUGCAAUUAGCAUUAAAGAUGCCUAUGACCCAAGGAUGAUCACCUCAGGCUGUCCCACCUCCAUAUUCUUUCCGCAGGACUAGCACAAAGCAAGAAAGAAGUUCUGGCGCAGAGGCUGAGAGGGACUUGUUGCAGGCCAAACCACAGCCGGCACAAUGCAGCAUGGUAGUCGAGAUGACCCCAGAAAUUGCCAUUGACAUCAACGCUUCACCAUAUUGUCUAUCUCGAGAAGUUUCCAAAGCAGAACAAGUAGGAGAUGAUCGAAUUGCUGUUGAUGUGAACCUUUUACAGGCAAAAUCACAGUUUGGUGGGAUUGGUGCUUCCACUACUAUACCAACUGUACAUAGAAAGGUGGGCACAGUUCAGAUUGGCAUGUCAAGGAUGUACUAGGGAAAUGGAAGAAAGAAGAAAGAGGUUGCUUCUAGUCCAAUGAAUCUGAGGGGAAGAGUCCAUGUAGAAAUUAGAAGCUAUUUUUGGUCUCUUGGAGAAGAUCUAGAUUUUACAUUGGUAUUACAUAUUGGGGUUAAGCCAAAGGGCGUUUUCAAAAAAAAAAAAAAUAUUGGGACUAAGAGGGUGAGAAGAAAGCGGACUUCAUAUGUGAAAUGUAUUGAUUUUUUCCUUUUUUUUGUAGAAAAAUAUUUCGAAUGGAGAAUAAACUUUUAAAUUGCAUUUGUAUUGAUUUUUUA